AUGGGAUUUCAUAACGACGAGAAGCUUAACCACCUUGAACUGGUCAUGCUCUCCUCCAACUUCAUCGUAGCUGGCAGUGGCACAUCGGCAGGCGGCAUGUCCGGCUUGACAUACCUUCUCCUGCGUAACCCAGAUAAACUCGAGAAGCUCAAGCAAGAGAUACGUGGCCUGUUCAAGAACCGCGCAGACAUGACACUCCAAGCGGUGACGAGCUGCAAGUACCUGCGCGCUUGCCUCAACGAGGGUAUGCGUCUCUACCCACCAACCCCAGGCUCACUACCACGCUUCGUUCCUGGAAAGGGUGAGAUGAUUGAGGGCAAAUGGGUUCCCGGUGGUUAUGCCGUUGCUGUCAAUCAGCUGGCAGCCGGACACUCUGAGCGCAACUUCAAGAAGGCUCGUGAGUUUCAUCCGGAACGCUGGUUAGAUGACGCACCCGAAGAGUUCAAGGACGAUGACCGUUCAUCUGUUCAGCCGUUUUCCUACGGUCAGAGGGCUUGUAUCGGACGAUCUAUGGCUUAUGCCGAGAUGUCGCUUACGAUGGCGAAAUUGGUACGGUUCUUUGAUUGGGAACUUUAUGAUCCUGGUAACGAUUGGUGGAACAAGCAGGGCACUUACUUGGUGUGGGAGAAGCUGCCUUUGAUGGUCCAGCUAACGCCUGUGUCUGAUCUGAAUGGAUAA